AUGGCGCGUAAUGACUGCGGGGCUGAUGAUGAGUUAGGAUGGCGCUUUGCGACUCCGGAUGACACGGAAAUCGACGGCGAGAACGUCAUACCCGAUCCGAACGGGACCUUCAAGUACCUGAAGGAGCUCUACUUCGCCUGCGACCCCAACUAUGCGGGCCGGAUAACGGUGCCGGUGCUCUUCGACAAGAAGACAAAGACCAUAGUGAACAACGAGAGCAGCGACAUCCUGCGCAUGUUUGGAACCGAGUUCGACGACCUUGUCGACGGGGAGUAUCGAAAAGUCACCCUCUAUCCCGACGAUUUACAAGCGCAGAUCGACGAGGCACAUGGCUGGCACUUCGACACGAUCAACAGCGGUGUGUACAGGUCCGGCUUUGCAACGACGCAAGAGGGUUAUAACGACGCCGUGACGACCCUUUUCGAAUCCUUGGAUAAGGUUGAGGCGCAUCUGGCGUCGGUGAAGUCGGGACCGUAUUACUUCGGCGAGAUUCUCACAGAGGUGGACGUCAGGCUUUAUGUCACCAUAAUUCGGUUUGAUCCCGCUUAUGCCCAGCACUUCAAAUGCAACAUCCGCGACAUCCGCUCCGGGUAUCCACUCAUCCACAGAUGGUUGCGCAGGCUCUACUGGAACAACGCCGCCUUUAGGGAUACAACCAACUUCUUGCACAUCAAGUAUCACUACACCAAAAGCCACGCCCAAAUCAACCCGUUCGGGGUCACGCCGAUUGGUCCCCUCCCAAACAUUUUGCCCCUGGAGCAGGAAGUCGCGGCGGCGGAGGCAGCUGGCCACGGAGGUAGAAAGUAG